AUGAGCCGCACCAACCCCCCCAACUCCAACUCCUUCUUCGCCGCCAAAUCCAUCUCCCUCCGCACCAGCACCCUCAGCGGCCGCUCAAGCCCCUCCUCCUCCCUCCACAGCGCCCCCGGCGGCGUCGCAACCUUCAUCAGCUCCCGCAAUCACCGCCCCCCGCCCUUCCAGCAGCGCCGCCACCCCACCGACCCCGGCUCCUCCGACGAACCCGACGAGAGCGGCGGCGUCGGCGUCGGCAUCGGCACCGGCACCGGCACCAACACACCGCACUACCGCCGCUACGAAUCCGACGACGACGAGGACGACGAAGACACCUCCAGCUCUAGAUCUGUCCCGCCCGCGCCCGAGGAGGACGACGAUACGCGCUCGGGCACGUCGCGUGCGUCAACGCCGCGCCAGCGCCCGUUCCCGUUGGCACAGACGCAGAAGCAGUCGGCGGCGAUAAGGAUACCGGACUUUCAGCAGAUGUUUGCGCCGCGCGAGGAGGACGACGUGUUUGAUGACGAUAAGACGCCGAGCUUUGACGACACGAUGGCGUCGCAGCCGCCGGUGGCGGGGGGUGGGAGGAUGGAGCAUAUGAGGCUGCCGGUGCCGAUGGGGGUGGGAGACGCACCGGCGAUGUGGGGGAAGAGGGAGGGGAGUGAGGAGGUUGUGGAGAUUAAGUCGGACGCCUUCUUGACGCAGCAGCAGCAGGGGAGGAGCGGGUUUGAGAGGGUGGCGGACACGGAGAUGAGGCUAGAGGUGGCCGCGUAUGAUGACGAGGAAGAAGGGGUACGCGGGGGCCACGGGGGACACGGGAAACGGGCGUCGCAGCCGCUGCCGCCGGCGAGUGAGUCGGAGUAUCGGCACGAAGCGGAGGACUCGUAUACUGCGAAGCAGAGCCACGAGGAGGAGGAGGAGGAGGAGGAGGAGGAUGACGACUACUACACGAACGACUACACCGACGAGGACGGGAGUGACUACGAUGAGCGCGAGCUGCAGAGGAAGACGGGCUCGGGUCCGGGGCCGGGGCCGGGGCUGUGGAGCGAGGCGAGCCCGACUAUGUCGAGUCGGGUGUGGUCGCGGGCGGGGACGAGUAGGGGUAAGGGGUCGCCGGAGAAUGUGCCGCCGCAGAGGAGGAGUGAGGAGAUGAGGUAUGGUGGGGGUGGAGGUGGGGAGACUUGCAACUACAGACUUCCGCCCCCCCAAGCCCACCGUCCUCCCUCUCGCCGUGCGGCGCCCCGUCAGCGACCCCGUCCUCGACCUGCAACUGAGCCCCCGCGCGCGAAACCUCUCCCUCCAGUCUGCCGCCACAAAUACAGAGAUCGCCGUCAUCCCGAACGGAAGUCUAAAUCUAAGUCUAAAGACGAACAGCCCCGCCGCAUGAUCACAACCUCAACAACCGACAUCGACCUCCACAACCUCCUCCCCACCUCCGAGCUCUCCACAAUCCGCACCUUCCCCGACCUCCUCACCCACCUCUCCACGCUACGCUCCAAGUCACACACCACCAUCCCCGCCACACAGCUCCCCGGCGAGAUCGACUCGCUCGCGCGCUCCUACUACCCGCACGACCCGCGCGUGCCCGAGCGCUUCUUCAACAGCCUCGACGACCGCCAGCAUGCGGCUGCCGGCGAGUAUAUACUGGGGCGGAAGCGGGAGAUGGAGCGGCAGCUGGAGGGCGUGGUGGCGAAGAGGAGGAGGGUGGUGGAGGGGAUGGUGCGGGAGGUUGGUGAGGUGGCGGAGGUGAGGGUGAGGAAGUUGGGGAGGACGGAGGAGAGGAGGGAGGUGUUGAAGGGGGGGGUGGGGAGGAUGUUGAGGGAGGCGGGGUUGUGGGUGUAA